UGGCAGCGACACUGCGAGCCGAGGGGGGCGUGGACGUCUCUCGCUACUCAUACCCAUACCAUUCAGAGUCCUUUCCCUUCAAGUUUCCGGUGCUGGAGCUCCCUAACCCUAGACAGCGCCUGGCCCCGCUCGCUCAUUGUGUGUUUUUCCUCGCCGGGGUUUGAGAGGUUUCGGUCAUGUCGGGACGGAAGGCUUUGGCCGCUGCGCUGCGAGCCGGCUCGCGCAGGCUCUCCUCAUCGCCCCAGCCUCCUAAGGGCGCUAGAUCAUUUUCCCCCAAUGCCUCCAAUGGCAGGGCCGUUGCGAAUGCGGCCGCCAAGGGGUUGUCCAGAUCGAUUUUCAACAGUGCGAGGGCUGUGACGCCCGCCCUGGCCCGUGGCAUGUCGACGGACAACAAAUCUACGGACUUCACCGGCGCUGGUAGCGUUGGUUCCAUCGCGACUGUGAUCGGAGCCGUGGUGGACGUGAAGUUCGAGAAGGGGCUGCCCCCCAUCUUGACAGCUUUGGAGGUGCAGGACCACAAUCUUAGGGUCGUCCUGGAAGUGGCGCAGCAUUUGGGUGAGAACACUGUACGGACAAUCGCCAUGGAGACGACAGACGGGCUUGUUCGCGGACAGCGUGUGUUGAACACCGGUUCUCCUAUUAUGGUCCCUGUUGGUCGUGCAACCUUGGGCCGCAUCAUCAACGUCAUUGGUGAAGCUAUCGACGAGAGAGGCGAUAUCAGCAGGGAGCAUGUGCUUGGAAUCCAUCGCGAGGCCCCCGCUUUCGUGGAUCAAGGAACGGAGAUGGAGAUUCUGGAGACUGGAAUCAAGGUCGUUGACCUGUUGGCGCCGUACCAGCGAGGUGGUAAGAUUGGGUUGUUCGGCGGUGCCGGAGUGGGGAAGACGGUGCUGAUCAUGGAGCUGAUCAACAACAUCGCGAAGGCCCACGGAGGUUUCUCAGUGUUUGCCGGAGUGGGAGAGCGCACCCGAGAGGGUAACGAUCUGUACAAGGAGAUGAUUGAGAGUGGUGUUAUCAAGUUGGGCGACAAGCAGAUGGAGAGCAAAUGCGCUCUGGUAUACGGACAGAUGAACGAGCCCCCUGGUGCCCGUGCCCGGGUUGGACUGACUGGUCUGACAGUGGCAGAACACUUCCGUGACGCUGAGGGACAGGACGUGUUGUUCUUUAUCGACAACAUUUUUCGUUUCACUCAGGCCAACUCGGAGGUGUCUGCUUUGUUGGGUCGUAUUCCAUCUGCAGUGGGGUAUCAGCCGACGCUGGCGACAGAUUUGGGAGGUCUGCAGGAGCGUAUCACGACGACACAGAAGGGGUCGAUCACCUCAGUGCAGGCCAUCUACGUUCCCGCUGAUGAUUUGACAGACCCUGCCCCUGCGACUACGUUUGCUCACUUGGACGCGACGACAGUGCUGUCUCGGCAAAUUUCUGAGCUGGGUAUCUAUCCGGCGGUGGAUCCUUUGGAUUCGACAUCCCGGAUGCUGUCCCCGCGUAUUUUGGGAGAGGAGCACUACUACUGUGCGCGAGAUGUGCAGAAGGUGCUGCAGAACUACAAGAACUUGCAGGACAUCAUUGCCAUCUUGGGUAUGGACGAGCUGAGUGAAGAUGACAAGUUAACAGUGGCGCGUGCAAGGAAGAUGCAGCGAUUUUUGAGUCAGCCAUUCCACGUGGCGGAGGUGUUCACAGGUUCGCCUGGAAAGUACGUGGAUUUGAAGGACAGUGUUUCAGGAUUCCGGGGUGUGUUGGAUGGUAAGUACGAUGAUUUGCCUGAGCAAGCUUUCUACAUGGUUGGCGGUAUUGAGGAGGUUUCGCAGAAGGCUGAGAAGCUGGCCAAGGACAUGGCUUAAGCGAGUUUUUGCGACAUUCUUUGCCUGUUUACACACCCACCUGGCUCAUCCUCUAAUUUGCCAAAUGUUAGUUUUAAAAUACCCAAGCAGCGCACUGGAUGGGCAGCGUCAGAUGCAUCGCUCUCUUUGAUAAGUACCAGAGUUUGCAGCCACUGUAGCGUUUCUUUUCCUGUUUCUUUCUGUGACGUCAUUGGGAAGAGGAUAUACAGUAGUGGUGAACUUUGCCCUGAUGUUUCCUUUUCAAGGCUGUUCUUUUAAAUUAAAACAUGGUAGUUGCCAUUGCAUAAAUAAUAUAUGGUGGGUUGUACUUGUGACCACGGCAGUUCUUUUUGCUUAGUGUUAGAUGGUGAAGCUUUCGGCUGAACAUUUUCGUUUAGCUGAGUUUUUUUCGGUAGUGAUAGUUUUAUGCAGUCAGUCGUGCAAGUUGGUUCAAGCAUCUGCCAAAUAAAAUGUGCCGACAUCUAGCCUCUGUGCUGGGAUUUGAGCAUCACAAAUAUUACUUGUG